AUUUUUGUAUGUGGUCUUUGUCCUCUGCUUACCACUCCAAUGCAUGUUCUUCUAAUACUUACCUAAUAUUCAACAGUUCUUCUGAUGAACCUCCUGCUUCCUUUUGCAUUGGCAUGUUUUAUUACUGUUCUCUACUUCACCUAAACUAAACUUUUCUUUAACAUGUAGAAAUUCCUCCAAAAAUCUUACUGCAUUUAUAUAUGGAUCUUGCAAGUGCUAACUACUGUGAACCUCCACCUCUGUUUCCAUCUCAAGGGGAAGCAACAUUAGAAGGGAAAAAUGAGUACCCAUUCUUGGAUAGUUUCCCUGACCCGCUUUGCAAACUUAAUCUAAAGGAGACAUCUGAUUUUGUGAAGUCAUUGCCAACAGCAAGCAAUGGAGCAGGGUUUUUAAGGAAAGAAGGAGUAAGUUCAGUGACAAGGAGGAAUAUGGAUGCUCCAUCAACACCGGGUCGACCCAUUUUCAGCUUCAGUGUUGGGAAUUUUUCAAGAAAAAAUUUCCCUUCUAAGUGGGAUGAUGCAGAGAAAUGGCUUGUUAAUGGAAGUUCUAUUCAAGAUUCCCCUGCUUCUCAUCAUAAUAGUAAUAAUGGCUUAAAGCCAGCAUUAGAAUCCUCAAAAUUGUUAAAGCAGUGCAAUGGGUUCAAGCUUAAAGAAACUGAAAAUGUCUUUGCAGAAAAAAACAGAGUUACAGAUGAAAAGGUAUCUAAAGUAGCUUCAGAUUUUCAGGUGCCUUUACCUUUACACCAUCACCAUAUUUCUGCUGGAGCUGCCAACACUGUUUUUGCUGCAACUGAUGUUUUUCUAAAAGAUAAGUUCACAGAUGAAGUGGAAUCUAUUUAUCCCAAAUCUAGGUGCUUAGAACCUACAAAAGAAGGAUUUUUGUUUGGAAAUGCGGCAGGAAAAUCAAUGAAAGAGGCAACAAUGGAGGCAAUUCAUGAGAUUAAACACAGAGAUAUUGGGACAGAAAUGACCCCAAUUGGCAGCUCUACUACUUCAAGAUGCCAUACUCCAUUCAAAAGCCCAUCGCCUGCUCGACACAAUACCCCUGCGGACAGAUCUGGACCAUUGGCCUUACCAAGUUCAGGUUCCGAUAGCACAGUUGAUAUCAUGCAAUUUCAGGAGUGCCAUCUAGCAAAAUUGCAGUUUGGGACACAAUUUGAUUCUGUUACAACCAAUUGGAGUUCGAGGGAAGAAGAAGAGGAGGAUGUAUCGAAGAGUUUGAGACAUUUUGAGAUAAAUAAUGAGUGUAGAAAGAGCGUCUCGGAGUCCAAAACACGUUCGUGGGAAGAAGAAGAGAAGAACAAAUGCUGUCUCAGGUACCAAAGAGAAGAAUCAAAAAUUCAGGCUUGGAUAAACCUCCAAAAUGCAAAAGCAGAAGCUCAAUCCAAAAAACUUGAGGUGAAAAUCCAGAAGAUGAGAUCAAAUCUGGAAGAGAAGUUAAUGAAAAGGAUGGCGAUAGUUCACAGAAAAGCUGAAGAAUGGAGAACUACAGCUCAACUACGACACAAGGACCAAAUAGAAAAAGUGGCUGAUCAAUCACGGAAGAUGAUGUUGACAAGGCAAAACUCACAUCUAUCUGCCCAAUCUUCCUGUGGGUGUUUCCCAUGCCGAAACCAUCUUAUUUAAUUCGAAUCGAGCACCAAUGUUCAGUGAGAUUCAUUCUGUAUUCCUAUUGAGUUAUUACUCAG